CUAUGACUCCUUCGUUUGGUUAUCAAGUCCAUCAUCAAAAGAACCAUCAUUCAUCAGUCAAUUUUAAUAACAAUAAUAGCAGUAACAAUGAUAUGGAUUUUUCUCCACUUUCGUCGCCUGCCAUUUUGCCUCAGACGGAUCGCCAUGGAAAUCACCAUCAUCAGGCAUCUCAUUCGUAUAAAAACAUGUCGGCGAAUCAAAUAUGCGAGCAAUACGAGCAGCUUGAACAUGCUAAACUGUUGAUCACUCAAAAGCUUUCCGAACUUCAAAAGUCUCAGCAGCAAUUCAGUCAUUAUGAUGACCAAGGUACAUCCAUGGUAAAACAAAAAAUGAAUGGCGAUCACAUGUCAAUCCACCAUUUAAGUGUCAUGUCGAGACCCAGCUCACCCAACAAGUCCCCUCUGUUGGAACCAGCUACGCCUGCAUCUUUGAUGAACAUCAAAAUGAGCAGCAGUAACUCGUCCAAACUCCAGUUCUCUUCUAGCGGAAGAAGCCAACCAUUUUACUCGAAACCAACUUCCAAUAUUACGAAUAAUUCUACAUCGACUAUGAACUUUAACACCUUGCCAAUCUCUGCUCCGAAUAACAGCAACGGACAUCGAAGAGAAUCAGCCGAUUCAAAAACUUCCAACGGUAUUCAUGCUUCACCUCGUGCUUUGAAACCUCUGCUAAUCAGUCCCACAUUAAAUCCCGGUAUCAAGCCUCUGCCCAAUAGCAUUAUACCUACCCGCUCUGUCCAGUCUGUUGAGGAUGCGGAGCGGAUCCUAGCUACCCGAUCUAAUUACCAGAAUCUAAUGGAAGGAAAAGGAGCUGCAUUAGGUAUCGCAUUUUCUACUCAGAUUAAAAGUGGGUUAGAAGUGCGAAGAACUGCUCACAAGGCAGCAGAACAAAAGCGUCGUGAUUCUUUGAAGGAAUGGUUUGACAGAUUACGCUGUGAGGUAGAAGACGGAUAUGUCAAGCGACAAAAAACUCUGAUGUCGCAAGUGAUCAAAGCUCAAGAAUUAGAGAAAAAUCACGGCCAUAAAUCGACAAGUAAUACCACAGAUGAAGAAGCUGAAGAACUGACACCAGUUGAUGGGAGCGCAAUGAAACCUCUUUCAAAAGUGCUUCUUCUUCAAUAUGCUUAUGAGUAUAUUUCUUCUCUUAAAAGUACUUUACAGGAAAGGGAUUCAACGAUAGAGAGUCUUCUGUCUGGU